AUGCUCGCGCGUGAUUUACUCCAUCCAACGCUCGCAGAAGAGAAGAGAAAGUGCAAGUUGAAGCGUUUGGUCCCGUCACCAAAUUCCUAUUUCAUGGAUGUAAAAUGUGCGGACUGUAUGAAGAUUCAGGUGGUCUUCAGUCACGCUCAAACUCCUGUGGUUUGUCCUGGCUGUGACAGAAUCCUCUGCACUCCCACGGGCGGCAAGGCCAAACUCACUUCUGGUAGGUUUCUCUCGGUCCUUUUUAUAUUCACGUCAUGCUUUAGGCUGCAAAUUCAGGAUAAAAAGUCGCUAGAGGAGGCAUUGUCUUGCUGUACAGCCAACUUCUCACCAAAUACCGAGGUCUAUUUGGAUCAAGAACCCUCAUUUCCUGUCGAGCUUGGCAGCCGCAUCCGCUUUCGAAUAUCGCCCAAAGGCGGUAACGCCUACGAUGCCUCUGGUGGUUUUAGCAUCCUUCUAGACGAUAUGCCUAUUGGAUCCUGGAAUCCUGAAUGUCACUCUUAUAUAGAGAAGAUGAAUCCUCUUGUUUCCUGUGAGGUUGGAGAAGGCCCUAUCCUUUAUCUGUAUUUCACUCCAAAGCGAGAACAUUUUGGGAAACACAUUCUCUUGACCUUUUAUCCUAACACCGGCGCCAGCUACUCACGAUCUGGUCAGGACUUAUUGAAUACCACUGUCCAGCUAACCAAACAACCGACAUUUCUAAACAUCUCAAUCACUGUGGAACGCGAGCCCGACUAUGUGCAUCUUGCUCCUGGGGAACUAAAUCUCUCCCCUCCAACAUUUAUUGACGGUUCUAUGGCCAAGGUGGAAUGCAAGACCGAUGGUGCGUUACCACCCCAGGCCAUUGGCUUCAGGAUCGUUUGCAACAAACCUCCUCGAGCCGCUGUUGAACAGGAGCGUCAGACGAAAGCGCAACUUGGCUAUCCCUACGAACUGAGCUAUAGCUACUACCACUUUCGCUCACCGCCGACUGAUGAGGAAUUGGCAGAGAGAAUGGCUGUCGGAUAUGCACAGGGGAUUUUGGAUGAAGCAAGAAUUGCGCGGAGUCAGGACAAUCUUACACUUUCGGCAUCCUUGCCGAUCAAUUCCAAGGCGCAUGGCUGCAGUAUCUAUUGUCGGCUGAUGAACAAGGAAGAGCAAGUCCAGCUGACUGUCUAUUACCAAACGACUGUCGCGUACAUUCUACCGCCACCAACAGAUGGUUUGAUGCGUGUCGGCAGUUCCAUGACUUGUCAUGCAGAUGGAUUUCCCGAACCCACAAUUGUUCUCUCCCUUCGUCAACCCAUGCGUCAGUUUCGUCGUCAACCCAUAAUUGAUACAAAAGACCUCAUUGUCACUACUAGCCCUGUCCCCCCUGUUGAUCAGUUCGUUGACAACUCGGAUAUCGCAGCAGCCUCCAGAGUCGGUCUCCGACCAGACGAAUACACAAUACGAGGACCCAGGUUCACUCUAGCAUAUAAUGCAACUCCAGGCGUGGAGCUACUGCUUGUAUGCACAGCAGGCAAUGCAUUGCCCAACGCAAAGGACUUUUUGGGCUCUAACAAAACUAUCGCGAUGGCGAGAUUCACCGUGGCCGCCAUCUCCUACAGCAGCAUUGGAAUUGUCAUUGGGAUCUGCAUGGCAAUCCUCCUCUGUGCGAUUAUCAUAAUCCUUCUCAUGGUGUACCUUCGACGCCGGCAGAAGUACGCCUCAAAUGCCAUUCAGACACGAAAUUCGGUGGCAAAUGCAGGUGGCGCGAAUGGUGCAAAGAUUGGCGGUGUUAUGGGACAUGGAAAGUGA